CUCUAUAUCAGAAACUAUAAAAGACUGCGGGGCGUGGCUUAAAACCCACCCCUAUAUAUAGCAGGAGGUGAGUUUUGUUUUGUUUGGCGGUUGCUUACCGGAAGUGCUCGGAUGUUCGGCGCUGGUUCUUACGUAACCAAGCAGCCAGCUGGUCAGGUAUUCCAGGUCACGUGGCCAUAGGGGGAUUCACAGGCAGAAUAAACGGUUAGGGCACCGGAAGCCAGGACUGACCUCUGUGGGAGCAACCGGAAGUGAGCCCACAUAUAUAUGGUUCCUGCCUGAGAGAGGGCCCUCACACACCUAGAUUUACACCAACAGAGUGAACAACAUGGAGCUCUGAGUGCCCACUCACAUAGAAAAUCUGGGGUCUAUGUAGAGAAGUCCUUAAAGUUGAUUUAUUUUUUUUUUAUUUUUUUAAUUUUUCCCACCCAUGGGCUACCACAGACCAGGCUAUGGCAAUAUCCUCUCUAUAAACCACUAGUGGCCUGGAGACCUUGACCAUGCAAGCAUCCUGAUGGGAUAUGUAUAUAUUAAUAUAAACAUGCUAAAUAUGUUCCUGUGAAACCCACUGCUAUCAGCUCAGCCAGUUUUAGAAAAAAAUAUAUAUAUAUAUUUUUUUAAACGGAUUACUUGGCUUAAAGGCGCCAUCUCGCCAGGUGGAUGCGGUGGAACGAUGCAGGAGGGCACUUGUUUUUUCAGCUACGAUGACUUCAGCAAGACUUUAAAAGCAAAUGCCGUUCACGACUAUUUCAUCAAGAGCAGCGUGUCUGUGCGACACCAUAAUUCCAGGAAUGCCAUAACCGAGGUGCGCCGCGAUAUCAUGUAAGGAUGGCAGAUGAACUCUGCAUAAUUUGAUUUUAGUUUUUGUAUGGUUUUUUGUUUGUUUGUUUGAUUCACUUAGAGGUUAAUUUUAAAAUGGCUAUAUGUUAUUGUUGAUGAAAUACCAUGGCAGUAUCGCGGAAUAGAUUGAAUGUGAAUUAUCUAUAUGUGACUUAAAGGGACACUAUAGUCACCCAGACCACUUCAGCUCAAUGAAGUGGUCUGGGUGCCAGGUCCCUCAGGUUUUAACCCUUCAGAUGUAAACGUAGCAGUUCCAAAGAAACUGCUAUGUUUACAUAGCAGGGUUAAUCCAACCUCUAGUGGCUGUCUUCCUGACAGCCACUAGAUGCGCAUCUGGUGCAGACGUUUCGCAUCCAGCGUGCAGAUCGUCCAUUGGAAAGCACUGAGAAAUGCUUUCCUAUGGACUGUUUGAAUGCGCACGCGGCACUUGCAGCGCAUUCCGCUCCACUCGGCAGCUGACGUCGGCAGGGGAGGAGAGGUCACCCAUGCAAAGGGAGUCCGGCGCUGGAUUAAAGUGAAACUCCAGUACCAGGAAAACCGUUUUCCUGGCACUGCAGGUCCCCUCUCCCUCCCACCCCAUAAUUCCCGGUUCACCCCUUCAGUAACUUACCAAAGGCAGCGACAUGACCCACGUUGCUGCUUCUUGGUCCGCCUCCGCUCAUCCUCUGUAUUACGUCGGCUGGUGGGCGAGACUGAUCCUGCCCACCGGCCGGGGAGACCUGAUGCGCUGCAAUGCCGCGCAUGCGCAUUAGAGCUCCCAUAGGAAAGGAUUGAAAAUGCUUUUCAGUGCUUUCCUAUGGGGAAUUGAGCGAUGCUGGAGGUUCUCACACAGCGUGAGGAUGUCCAGCGACUCUCUAGCACAGGUUUUCUGUGCUAUGAUUCAGGAAGUGCCCUCUAGUGGCUGUUUACACUUGCAGCGUUAAGAGUAGUGGGAGUUGGCACCCAGACCACUCCAAUGGGCAGAAGUGGUCUGGGUGCCUGGAGUGUCACUUUAAGGUAAGUAGUUGAAGGAGUUUUAACCCCUUCAGCGCCAAGGGAGGGGGACUCUGGUUUGUUUUCCUGACACUAUAGUGAUCCUUUAAUAACUAAACACGUUAUUGUAGGGAAUUGAAAGUUGGUUAUAAGUUGUACUAUUGAUUUCUUUUAAAUUAUGAACCGUUUAUAUUUUAAAAUGUACACUGUGACCUUGGGUGUGCUAAAACAGUCAGAGCCGGUAUGGCAAAAUUGGAUUAAAGGAAUCUUAUUAAUCCUAAUCUAUUUCAAAUCUACACUCAUUUAAACUAUGGAGGCAUUAGUGUCUGUGUGCCAUUUUAGCUUCAUGGGUUAAGCCUUUUUGAAACCGCUUAACUCCGAAGUUUGGAUCCUGACGCAUUCCACCUCUGCCUGUGAAGACGCAAGCCUCUAUAGGAAAGCAUUAGUUAAUGCUUUCCCAUGAGACCAGCUGAAUGCGUGCGCAGCUCCUGCUGUGCAUGCGCAUUCAGCCGAAGAGGAGGAGGAGAGGUCCCCGCCCGGCGCUGGAAAAAAGGUAAGUUUAACCCAUCCAGUCUGGCGGGAGGGGGUUCCUGAGGGUGGGAGCACCCUCAGGGCACUAUAGUGCCAGAGGAAAAGGUGAAUGUUUUCUUGGCACUAUAGUGGUCCUUUAAGUAGAACUUGGCAAUUGAAGGGUUUCCCUAGCAAUUCGUCACAAAUAUCUCUGCUUUGUAAGGUUGACUUGCAUGCUAUGUGUGCGCAGACAUAUUACAAUGCUCAGCAGAAACAAAAGCCAGGAGAAAAUGAAUUAAAGGGACACUAACUGUGUCUUCUCAUUGAAGUGGCUAUAGUUUCUGGAAACCCCUAGCGUCAUCUUAUUCAGGGUUAAAACUGUUUAGUGUCUUCUAAAUGAGUACGUAGCAGCCCAUUUCCUAUGUGCUGCUUGGGCUAAUGACAAAGCAUUGGCCUGAGCAACAGUGGGUGACCGUGUCAGCUGACCAUUUUCAGCCUAACACAGCGCUUAUUACUGAUGUGAAUCGGUAUUGCAAGAAGGAAUUUUCUCAACUCUUCCUCACCAUACUUCCUGGGGGGGGGAGAGGGGAUUGGUUUUAAACUGUUGAAUAAGGUAGUGAUAAACGAAGGUAUAUACAUAUUGAUAUUCACAAAUAUAAUAAUAAACCAAGGUAUAUACAUUAUUUUCAUUCUUUUUCCACCUCUCAUCAAUAAUAGAUAUUUAUCUAUUAUUGUUACAUAUGUGACCGAUAGUAUGCUAGGAUGUGAUUUAUUUCACCUCUUCAUUUUUCCUCACCCAUUAUCAAAAACGAUAAGGCACUGUACAAUAAUCCUCCAGUGAGGAUAUGGAUUACAGUCUUUAACUCUGAUUAACAACUUUCCAAUUUUUUUUAAAAUUGAUCAUCCAGACCACAUAUUAGGGUUAACUUUGACUAACCUAUUACGUCAUCAAUCAAUUUGAUUCUAAUUGGUUGAUCUAAGGAAGACGAUUUUUGAACUUACUUUUCAGAAUGGUUACUCCACUUUAUAACUUCGGCUAUUUACCACACAUCGGUUCCCCUCUGAGCUGUGGGCGAAACGCUCGCAUCAGGGGAACUUGGUGAUCCUGAGAUUUUACACUUACCUUAUGUUUGAUUAAGUAUUGACUCCUCUGUCUCAGGAUCCUGAGUUUGUUUUACCACUAUGGAUCAUGUCUGUAUUUGGGAAUUGAGUUAUAUACUAUUUGAUAUCUAGCCAUCCUAAGAGUCUGUGCGACUUAGGAAACUUCAAAUUGGAAACUACUCUAUCGCUAUAGGAAUAGUGGUUUAAUACUUUCUUUUACCCACAGAGGCUGCAUUUUGUGCUUUUCUGCAGCAAUGCUUUGGAAAGCGUUGGAUCAUGCACUUGGUGAACUGGCGUUUACUUUUUAAGUGUAUUGCAUAGAUCGCUCAGCAUUUAUUCUUGAUUAAUGUACCGGAAAGAUAUUUGUUCAGUACCUCUCUCUACUUUCAUCAAUAGAUUCCAGCUUAUUACUGAUUCUGCUUUAUUAGGAAGUGUUACGAUAUUUUUUUCUUAGCUGCUGUAGUUACGCAACAUUGUAUUCUUAUGAUAGACUUGUUACUGUAUUGAUAGUCUCUAUCAUCUCCAUUAAGCGCUAGGCCCCUGUGGUUUUAAACUGUUUGAAAAUGGUUCAAUACCAAAUGGAGGGACCCAAGGCACUAUAAGCAAGUCAAUGAGAUGAAAUAGUUAUAGUGCCUACUACAGUAUCCCUUUAGUGUAGUAUUUAAUUUGUAUAGUUGAUAGUUUAUUGAAGGUACACUUUAAGUGUGGUUUAAUGCAUGUACCAAAAAUAAGUGCAUAUUCGUUCCUUAAAUUCCAGUUUAAAGUUAUUCUUACUUUUUCUAAACUUGCUGCUCAAACUAUGCAUACUACUUCUAUACCUGGCCUCUCAAACUUCCGUGGGUUUAUUCCCUAAACUGAUUUGCAGUGAUUUAAAAAAAAAAAAAAAAGGAAUCGCAAUAAUUAGUUGCUUUAGAAAAGAUUUCAGUUAAUUUCACAGCUUGACCAUUUAAACAUACAUUUUGCCGAUGACCACGAUUUGGAGUUUAAUUAAUAAAUCUUCACAUUUCUGCUUGAACAAGUAGAAUUCAUCAAAACCAAUACAGGGUUAUUCACUAAUGUACGGAUUAAACGUGUCAAAAUCUACCCUCGAAUAGCCAAGCUAAAUAUUGAGAUUUAUUUAUUUUUCCCAGGUUUGUUAUUGUAACCUAAACUGUCUGCUUCAGAUUUCAAUUUACUGCAAUACUGGAUUUAGUGCAUAAACCCAAGAUAGGUUGGUGUUUUAUUCCUAUUUUGCUGUUUUGACUUACAUUUUUAGAUUCACACUUUAGUAAAUGAUCCAGUUAUCAGUCCUCUCUUCAUAUUUAAUGGUGAAUGCAGUAGUAUUGGAGGGGGUGGGAUAUUUGUAUGUGUGUAACCAUCAUUUUUUUCCAUGUGGUGUGAGAAGACUCAUCUUUGUACUUCUUUAUUAUCCUUUCUGCAGGUUCGUUGAUGCAAGGUUUUGCUGUUCAUUUGUGGGGGGAUACAGUGGCAAAAAGAAGUCUAAAGUAAAAAACUGCCCAGCCUAUUUCAUUUUGCAGUAUGUUGAGAGACUGGAUUGCUUGGUCGUAAUGGAGGCAAACAACAAUCAUGUCCACUUGCAAGAAGAGCAUCAGCCUUCACUCAUUCCUGCUAAUGAUGCAUCAGUUUCAAAAAAACCUCGCGUUCGAAGGCGGCGUGACGUAAUCUCAAAUGACCAUUCUAAACAGAGUUCCUCCCAGAAAUCCUCAGAUUUGUCACAGAAGGCAAAGUCUUUACCGGUGAAGACUCCGUCAAAAGUCAAAUGUGUUGCUCCUUCCCUCAGUGAGAUUACAGACUUUGAAUCCCCUGACGGCUCAAUCUCUGUAGAAGCUGUGCAACGAUUAGCAACACUCAUGCAAAACUUUCUGCUCAAUGAUAGCGGUGCCAAAGCCACAAUAACCAUUGGGGCUGAGCAGGAACUCGAGCUGUUGUGCUUUCAGACCAGUAAAAUGGGUGAGCACUUUGUAAAGUUCCCAGAGAGUCUCCUAAUACACAGAGUGGAUGUUAAAUAUGACUAUGUCUUGUAUGCUUUCUUGGUCGAGAGCAAAGAACGUGUAGGAAAACUUGUCCACUUUUCCUUUGUUAAACAGGACAACGCACAAACUGUGUCCAAUAUUCUGAACAUCUUUCAGGACUUCAAUCCAGAUUGGAAAAAAAUAAAGAUUAUUUUUACAGAUGUGAGUUUUUCUCACAGUGCUUCAAUAAAACAGGUGUUCCCUUCUGCUCAGAUUCUUCUGUCUGUCUACCACACGGUUAUUUUUAUCGAAAAGAAUGUGAAGGCAAAACAAUCCUUUAAGGAAUGGCUCCGUAAAUCGAUAGAAGAUGCCAUAUUUUGCACCUCUCCGCAAACGUUGUCUUAUCUAUCUUCAAAACUUAAGCCCAAAAUGGACGAGGAUUUGUAUAAUUAUCUGUCUACAAACUGGUUUAAAUGUGAGUUGCUGUGGUACACACAUGUCAAAAAAGGUUUGCACUCGUGUAGUACCUAUAUGGACAGUUUGAACAUGGUAUUGGGUAAGAUUUCCCACCUGCUUGAAAAGCAGAACUCAAUGGAGUCAGUUAUUCGACAGUUUGUAGGGAAUGCGGAUUGCUUUAACAGCAAAGGCUUGGAGAACCCUAAUGAUGGCUCUUUACGUUUUUCCAAGAAAAAUAAUGUAAAAUGCCAAAUGAUCAGGAAAAGAAAAAUUACACCCUGUUCUCUGGAUUCUGUAGCAGAGAACAACUUGAAAGGCAUGGAAAUCCAGUCUGAUGUCCCUCUUUCCCCUGUUUACAACAAAGAUCCCAGUGUAGUACUUCCUACGACCCUGACAAACCAAGAUGCCAUGUUUGAAUCUCUACAGGAACAUUGCAAUAAUCUGGCAUUUAACCUUUGCUCGAAGGAAUGGGAAGUUGUGCAAAAGUCCACACAAGUCAUAAAUGUGCGAGAGCAAUGCAUUGGAGUGCAGGUUCUGGAAGAAUCACAUCAGAUCUCAACUGAUGGUCGGUCUUGUACUUGUUACUUCAACAAAAUAUAUAAAUUGCCAUGUCGGCACAUACUGAGCAUGCUUUAUGCAGAGAAGAGAACAGUGGACCACACCAUGGUAUCACCCAGCAUGCAAAAAUAUGCACAAAAAGUCUUGCCAAACGCACAGAGCUCAGGCACUGAACUGCAUAUGCAAGAAGGAAGAGCGGAUAAAAUUAACAGUCUGACUAAGGAGCUUUCUAACCUGCUUUGUCAGUGUGAGGGAUCAGAACACCUGGUCAGAUCGUCUACGUUGCAGAUGAUAGUAAACAUGUGGAGUGUGGCAUCUAACACCUCUGACAAAGAUCCCCAAGAUCUAGACAGUAGUCAAGUGUUGCCCUACAAGUGGGUGAAGAAAGAGCAGAUAGAGGGAGAGGAGUAUUCUGGUUCUCAUGAGCUGUGUAGACUAGAUACAUUCCCAAUUCUGAACUGAAACUUUUUUUUUUUAAUAAAACAAAUGAACUUAAAAGCUACUGUAGACUCUGCAAUUACCUCUGGUGCCCAAAUGAGAUGUUUGUUAAUAAUAUUUUGCAAAUGGACUGGAAGCAAUUUAUUUAUUUUUAAGAAUUUUUUUUUUUUUUUUUUUUAAUGUAUCCACAAAUUUGGUAUGUUAAAGUGAAUCGGAAUACUGUGGAUAUCCCGUUGCGUUCAGGAAAACAGUCUGUUAUCUGUAAAAUGUUGCAGUGUCUGUUAUUGCAGACAGUAGAACAUGGAGAUUAAUUUAAGUGGACCUAUUAACUAAGAGAAGUUCUCAUUAAUAAUUAAAGAAUAAAAGAUCCGUCUCUAUAUUAUAACUAUAAAUAUCUAUAAAAUGUUUUUUUUUUUUUUUUUUUAAAUUGCUUAAAGUUAGGACUUGUUCUAUUCUUUCCUUACCUAUAUAAUACUACUCAUUCAGAAAUAGUAUAGAUGUAAACAAGAUACAGAUUUUUAAAAGAACAUUCCAAAUGUCUAAUGCACUUUAGCUAGUGCAGAUAAAUCAACCUUGUUGCACCCCCUGCUGUCAAUAAGACAAUUCGGUGGAGCUAAAUACAAGAGGCAGCAAUUGCUCAGAGCACCUGCCUUGCAAAGUCUUCUCGAUGAGUUGCAAUGGGAAGUCUGUCGUGGGGAAGGGGAGGGGGGCUUGCAAAGGCUGCAGACAAGAGAUCUGCAGCUUUUGCAAUAUUGUUUUCUUUUUAGAUAUACACUCAACAAAAAUACAUCAUUUUAAUACAUGUUUUCAUUAGUGGUAUGUAGACUACAGUUUAUUUGUUAUUUGGACAGUGGAGUGUCCCUUUAAGAUUAUAUAGACAAAGACCAAAAAUCUAAUUCAGCUGUCAUCCAGUAGCUGUGCAUAGAGCUGGGAAAAUCAGACUUCACAUGGACAUAGAACAAAGCAGUGACAGGGAUGUUCACAAGUUUGGUUUUAAAAAUUUCACAUAUUUGUGACAAUAUAGCAGAAAUGUAAAUAAUUUCCGUUUAAUAAAUAACCUUGUAACUCUUUUUUUUGUAUUUCUGAUGAAAAGAAUGCCAUCAAUUCAGAAACCUUUUUAGUUCUAUUUGUCAAAGUGUGGUAAACAGCGGCAGCAAUAGUGGAUGUAGGAGAGAGUAUGAAGUUCUUUCUUAUUUGACCAACUUUUGUCCCACCUAUUGGUGAUGCUAUUUUAAUCAUCUGCUGCUGUUAGUAGUGUGUACAUUUCCAAUGUGAAACACUUUCUCCUCUAUAUCACAACCACUAUCAGGCACUUGGCCGUCCAAGCACCAUGUCACACUAUAUAUACCCAGUUUUCAGCGUUCCUCGGGUACACACACUCUUUCCAUUCCCCCAAAAUAGAGAGGCUGUUUUAGUUGCAGUAUUAAUGCAAAGUUCUCCAUGGGUACAGGUGCAUUUUAUAGGUGGGGGGGGGGGGCUUUACAUUUAAAAUAUUGAAUAUUACAAGAAUUUAAAAAAUUUCAAUAAAGCGAUGUGACUGUUCUGCACAUUUGUGUUAUUUAUUAAAAC